GUAAACAAGUAUAAAAACAGUUUUGUUCGAGAAUUUCAAAAAGGUAUGUCGUGUUGUUUUCGAUGCCGACAACGAAAUCAAGCUACACACCAACAAUUUACAUACUAUCAACCGGGCAAUCUUGUUCCUAGUGUUCAAAUAUUGGCAGAAGUACGUUUGCAGUUUUCCGGAGUUGCCCGUUCAUCGAUCUGUGAAAAGCUUAGUUAUUCCGAACAGUCGGAUCUUGCGGAUGAUUGCCGUCGUUGCUUAACAAAGCCAACCAGCAGCAGCACAUCAAGUCAUCAACAUGUAUGGAACCAACACGAAAUGAUGGACGGGAUUUAUGAAAUGCCGAUAUCCGGUACGUGAUUUACGUUCUAAUGGACCCACCUACGAUUAGGAUUGGGCUUAUCUACGAC